AUGCCAAAGCUAUCCAACCUCUAUCUCUUGGCCUACAACUCUCUUCAGGCCGUAGCCUGGGCAGUUUGUCUCGCUUUAAGCUUGAGCAGCUUUGUCUCCACCAAGGCCGUCAAUGGAGCUUAUGCUUCUGCUGGAGACCUCAUCUAUUUUCUCCAAAUGGUUCAGUUCUUGGAAGUUAUACACGGAGCCGUUGGUCUCGUGCCGAGUGGAGUGGUGUUUCCUCUGAUGCAAUGGGCAGGAAGGGCUCAUUUUCUGUUUGUUUUGCGCCAAACCCAUGAGGUCCAAGAGUCGCCAUCAGUCUUCAUAACUUUUGUUGCUUGGAGCUUAAGUGAGGUUAUUAGGUAUCCACAUUAUGCUUUUAACUGCAUGGGAAGUUGCCCUUCAUGGAUUACCUAUCUCAGGUACACUGCAUUCAUUGUCUUGUAUCCUCCAGGGAUGGCUGGUGAAACCUGGCUUAUGUACCAAGCACUUCCUUUUGUAAAGAAGAGGAGCCUCUUCCCAGAUUUAUUUGCUGGCCUCAGCUAUUAUAACUUUCUGAGGGUUUUGCUUGUCUGCUACCCAUUCCUCUGCUUGAAACUUUACCUGCAUAUGUUCAAGCAACGCCGAUCAAAGCUGGGUAAACACCCCAAGAAGAAGAAAAGGUGA